CUGGCGAGAGCCUCCUGCCGCACCUCCCCGGUGUCCUUGGCAAAGGGGGAGCCAGCCCGCCCCGCACGCCCACCGCCGCCGGCCCUCCCGCGGGGGCAGCCGUCGUCGGGCGCCGAGGCUGGGGGGCAGAGGGAGAAGCCGUCGAGAGGCGAGGCUGGGGGGCCGCGGCAGAGGCAGAAGCAGCCGGCGAGGGGUGGCAGUGGCGGGUGCCAGCCGCGGAAGGGCACCCCGCGGGGAGCCCCGAGCGGCAGGGGCGGCCCCGGGAGGGAUGGCGGCGGCGAGCAUCACCACCCUUCCCGCCUUGCCCGAAGACGGCGGCAGCGGCAGCAGCACCUUCCCGCCGGGGCACUUCAAGGACCCCAAGCGCCUCUACUGCAAAAACGGAGGCUUCUUCCUGAGGAUCAACCCCGACGGCAGAGUAGACGGAGUCCGGGAGAAGAGCGACCCGCACAUCAAAUUACUACUUCAGGCAGAAGAGAGAGGUGUAGUAUCAAUCAAAGGUGUAUGUGCAAACCGUUUCCUUGCUAUGAGUGAAGAUGGCAGAUUGUUAGCACUGAAAUAUGUAACUGAUGAAUGCUUCUUCUUUGAACGUUUGGAAUCCAAUAACUACAAUACAUAUCGGUCUCGAAAAUAUAGUGAUUGGUAUGUUGCACUGAAACGAACUGGGCAAUACAAACUCGGACCGAAAACUGGACGAGGACAGAAAGCUAUCCUUUUCCUUCCAAUGUCUGCCAAGUGUUGA